AUGUUUAAUCCUAGUCCCGAGAGUGAUGUGGUUAAGAAGCUUAAGUCUUCCUUAAAAAUCGUUGACGGUGAGGAUAAAUCUGAGGAGAAACCUCCCACUGAGGAUGUGAGCAAGAGAAAGCGGAGGCACGGCGUUGGCUUUAAGGUGGAGGUGCCUGUUAAGAGAUCUGUCGAACAGGUGAAGCUAGUAUCCAAAUUCAAGGGAGUGUCCAGGAAGAAGGCCUCGAAGGGGCUCGCUAAGCCCAGGAGCGAGCCCACGCCCGUUGUCGCCCCUGAGCCAGAGCCUGAGUCGAGGUUAGACCUGAUUUUUAAGAGUUUUAAGCGGAAAUAG